CGUGCCCUGUCUCAGUAGCGUCAGGGCUGGCGCGCGCGGCGAAUCUUAACGUUGCGCUCUUUGCCGGCCCUUCUGGGCCACCAGUCUCCUUACCUUCCAUCCUGGCGCCCCCUAGUCCAGGUUCCCCGGACUCACUGCCCCGGGCGUCCACACCCUGUGGGCUCAGCGGGCUCAAUCUGCGCAGCUCCUCCUCCAUGUUGACUAAGCCUCUGCAGGGGCUCGCGGUGGCCCCCAUGACUCCUACGCCGCUGCCAGGAGGCAAGGAUCGGGAAGCGUUCGAGGCCGAGUACCAACUCGGCCCCCUCCUCGGUAAGGGGGGCUUUGGCACCGUCUUCGCAGGACAUCGCGUCACAGACCGACUCCAGGUGGCUAUCAAAGUGAUCCCCCGGAAUCGCGUGCUGGGCUGGUCCCCCUUGUCAGAUUCAGUCGUAUGCCCACUGGAAGUGGCACUGCUAUGGAAGGUGGGUGCAGGCGGUGGGCACCCUGGUGUGAUCCGCCUGCUUGACUGGUUUGAGACACCAGAGGGCUUCAUGCUGGUCCUCGAGCGGCCUCUGCCUGCCCAGGAUCUCUUUGACUACAUCACAGAGCAAGGCCCGCUGGGUGAAGGCCGAAGCCGCUGUCUCUUUGCCCAGGUAGUGGCAGCUGUUCGGCACUGCCACGCCCGUGGAGUUGUCCAUCGUGACAUCAAGGAUGAGAACAUCCUGAUGGACCUCCGCCGGGGCUGUACCAAACUCAUUGAUUUUGGUUCUGGUGCCCUACUUCAUGAUGAACCCUAUACUGACUUUGAUGGGACAAGGGUGUACAGUCCCCCGGAGUGGAUCUCUCGUCACCAGUACCACGCCCUGCCAGCCACUGUCUGGUCACUGGGUAUCCUCCUCUAUGACAUGGUAUGUGGGGACAUUCCCUUUGAGAGAGACCAGGAGAUUCUGGAGGCUGAACUCCACUUCCCUGCCCAUGUCUCCCCAGAUUGUUGUGCCCUAAUCCGCCGGUGCCUGGCCCCCAAACCCUCUGCCCGACCCUCACUGGAGGAGAUCCUACUGGACCCCUGGAUGCAGACACCAGCCGAGGAUGCAUCCCUCAACACUCCCAAAGAGGGUCCCACCCCUUUGGACUGGUCCCUACUGCCCUAGUGCUGGCUGGGGCUCCCAUUAGUUGACAUAGUCAUCCUGUGGCCAUGCCACGGGGAAAGAUGGUUAUCUGUUGAUCUGGUUUUACAGGUCUCUAAAAAUCCAGUGUUAACUAGGGUCAGAGAUUGGGGAUCAGGGGUAAGAAGACAUAACCCAAGUUUGCCCAGUUCCCAUUCCAGUUCUUCUAAGGAGUCUUCUUUAUAGAACAUAUGCUGUCUUAUUCUGGAGGGGCUCCUUCUUUGAUUCUCGUUUUGCUAAGGUUGUUUAUUUGGUUGAGGUUACUUACAUUCUGAACCCCCAGGACUCUUAUUCUGAUGAGUAGUAACCCCUACACUGGCACCUCCUGCUACUACCACACAAACUUAGUUUAAAUGCUCUGAUUUGGGCAAGGGUGCUUUCCUUCCAAUACCCCAGUGGCUCUUAUUUUAGCAAAGGGACCCUUUCCCCUAGCCCCGGGUCCCAUAGUCAAGCUGCUUGCCUGCCUCAGCCCAGGGUUGUUUAUUCUGGGGGAGGUAAGCCCUAUUGUCCCAGGGCUUUUUUUGGUGAGGGGACCCUACUCUGUUAUCCCAAGUGCCCUUAUUCUGGUGAGGAGAAACCCCACUUUCAUGAUUUGGGAGGGAAUGGGAGAUGGACACUACUAGAGUCCACUAGGUUGGGGUGGAUGGUUUUUGGGGGGAAUGGGGUGGGGGAAAUAAGUCUUGUUUGUUCUCCUGGGGCCCCACCCUCCAUCUUUUUCAGAUUCUUGCUGCCUCCUUCUGAGCCAGGGUUGUCCAGUUGCUGAAAUGUAAAUACUUAUUAUUGGGGAAGGGGAGCUCCAACUGUUAUCUUCCUCUUCCUUCUCCCCCUGCCUGGAUUAUUUAAAAAGCCAUGUGUGGAAACCCACUAUUUAAUAAACGUAAUAGAAUCAGAA